CAGGAUUCAAAACGACAAACACAAUUUUGCGAGUGCAGAAAAAUAUUUUCAAGAUUUGUGACGAUUUUAACACUGUUUUUUUGCUGAAAUUUAUAUUGAACGUUGUUUUAAAGCUGGGGAAAUGUUUUCCAGUCCUUAUGCAGAUAAAGAGAACGUCUUAGGAGAGGUAUAUUUGUAGUUACGGUUUAUAAAAUUGACUUUGAAUAUAAAAAGUUGUUUGUAGCAUGUAUAUAAUUGUAGUUUCAAACGCCGUACUUCACAUGUGCUCAAUUCAUUUAUGAAGCACAUCUGUUCAGAAUUUGAGUGAAUUUGGUACGGCAGUUGAUUCGUACGGCGAAUUUAAUUUGAGGGUGGUUCGGUUAAAAGCAGUGUGAUUUUAAAAAAAGUGAAAAACUGAACAUUUUAAUUAUGCCAUCAGUUAUGUGUGUUUAUGCGACAAGACAUGUUUAACUUAAUUCCUUUGCCAUUCCAAAUUAAAACCUUGGUCAAAUGAGGAUGAUAGGUUGCAACUCUCGUUUGCAAUAAAAGUUUUUUGCUAGUUUGUCCGGUAAUGUCCAGUCAGCUCUCAUGCAACUCUUGUUUGACUGGGGCCCAAGAGUUAAGAAAAGUCUCUUGCAAACUCUCGCUUGUCAAAUUGAGUUCUUGUUUGAACAGGGCUUAAGUUGCCAAAGUCCACAGCCUUGUUACACCAUUAUUUAACCAUAUGUUAAGAAAUUAUUAGUGUUGGGGCUGCCACCCCCCCCCCCUAACAUCUGUGACUGCUGUAUGGUACCUUACAUGUCCAUUUCAAUCUAGGUUUUUGGCACAACUCCCAACAGAAGACCUUUAAAGACAGUUCAAAAUGGAAAUAUUGCAGGCGAGGGCACACCUUUAACAAUGACAAAAAGAACACCAAAGGCCAGAUCAACCCGUGCUAGCACACCUGGCUCACGUAGGCUGGCCAGAAGGUUGAAGCGGCAAAGUGUUCCAUUUGCAUUGUCAAAACCUCUCUCAGUAUUCCAAGAUGACACAAAAGGUAUUUUUGGAGGAAAUAUGGGUUUUGAAGAAGGUUUUCAGUCGAAAGGAAAUGGACAAGAAUUGAAUGAGAUGAUUAGAGAUAAAGUAUCUGAGACUAUGAUUAAAAUGAAAGAGGUAUGUAUGGUAGUGUGUUAUUUUGGUUAAAGUUUACCAGUAUCAUCGUUACCUGCCUUGAUCACCACCAUGCAGUGCACCACCAUUAUCAUCGCUUAGUAUUACCACCACCAUCACUACCACCAUCAUCAUCAUUACCACCAUCAUCACCAUUACCACCAUCAUCACCAUUACCACCAUCAUCACCACUACCACCAUCAUCACCAUUACCACCAUCACCAUUACCACCAUCAUUACCAGGUCAGGGUUUUUUUCAGGAUUUUCUCUUGGGUCCGUUUUUGCAGAGAAGAUUGAGUUUAGCUGAACAGAUGGGGUGGUUGCACCCCUCCCCCUACCGGGGGGCUGACAUGUGUACUCAAUAAAUGUAGCUGAGACUGAAUGUGUUAAAGCAGGGGCACUGAGGGACACUAUAAACUGGUUAAAGAUGGCGAAUACAUAGUUUUUCUUAUGUUGUGAGAUGAAUUCCAGCCAUUUUUUCUUAAUUGUCGGGUUUCCAACUGAAAACUAAUUUCCACACGUCACAAAUUUAACUCAAACAACUUCAUUUUUACUGCACUGAAACUUUGGUGAGAAGAUUGAGUUUCAAAACUCAAUUCAAGAUUGAGUUUUUUGGGCCGUUUAACGGCCUUAAAAAAUCCCUGAAACAAAGCCUGCAGGUGCCACCAUUAUGACCACUACCACCAUCAUCACCAACACUACCACUGUCACACAGAAUAGGAAGGUACAGUAGAAGUGUAACUCAAGCAAGUAUUUGUCUGCAUUUUUACAAGCGAUUCGUCAUCAAUCACGCCAUCCUGGCUGGUACAACCGGCACUUUGUACCUACCAAAACCUGAUAAAAACUUCCGGUUGUACUAGCCAGGAUGGUGUGAGCAAGUUAAAAUUUUCGUGGACGUAAACACUGAUUCAAGUUACACUUCUGCUAUCUUUUCCUAUUUUGUGACUGUCAUCACCACUACCACCAUCAUCACUAACACUAUCAUCAUCCACCAUCAUCAUCACUACUACCACCAUCACCACUACCACCAUCACCAUCACCACCACUACCUUCAUCACUACCAUCACCACCACUACCUCCACUACCACCACCACUACCACCAUCACCACCACUACCUCUAUCACCACUACCACCAUCAUCACCACUACCACCACCACUACCACCACCACUACCACCAUCACCACUACCACCAUCAUCUUCACCACCACCUGACUACCACCAUCAUCACUACCAUGACCACUACCACUAUCAUCACCAAGACUAGCACCAUCACUACCACCAAAUAUACCACCAUCAUGUCAGCACUACCAUCAUGUCAGCACUACCAUCAUCACCACCACUAUAUACCACCACCACUAUAUACCACCACCACCAUCAUUACACCAUCAUCAUCACUACCACCAUCAUCUCUGGCAAACUCCACAGCCAGAAAAAGAAUGUUUUCUAAACAUUUAAUAAACUAUUUUCCCAUAGAGAUAUGAAGCAACUCUGGCUGAGAAACAACGAGAUGUUGACGAAAAGAACAACAUUAUUGAGAAACUACAAUCAGAAAUGAACGUUCUAAAACAACCUCCAAAUGACUUCACUGAAACCCACAAAGAUGAGGAAAAUCAGAAGACAGUUUCAAUAUUUGUGAAACAAAUCAUCUUAAAAGCCAUUCAUGAAAUUGAAAAUGAAAAUUCGUCAUCGGAAAAUGACGACUUUGUUUCCGGCGAAGUAAACUGCAUACAAUCAAAGAUCAUUUCACCAAUUAAACUGAAAGAUUCGUACACAAGAAUGUCACCGACUACGUUUAUCUCCUCAAACACAUCACCAAUGAAAGUCGAGCUUACCGAGAACGAAACAUCUAUGACACCCAUCGCGAAAAUACACUCCGCAACAUCUGUUACACCUGUUCAAACGGCAGAUGCAACGCUGGGAACAACCCCUGUCUGUGUAAAAGACGCAGCGAUUUCAACGUCCCCUCUCCAUGGAACAGACUCAACAACAUCCCCAAUCUGUUUAACCGAUUCUGUAGUCUCAGUGAAGCCAAUUAAACUGAUAGCAGAACAGGCUUUAUGCACAUCAACAAAAUCAGAACAUGAAAUUGAACCAAUUACCGUAUCUGAAAAAGAGAAAUGUGGAACAGCUGAACAAAAGGAGAACAACGCCUUACUAGCCACGAAAACAGAAGGAACUACGGUCGGCAUUAGUAGGGUUCAAACAGAGGACACAUUAUGCACGCCUACAAAAUCAGACUAUGAAAUUGCACCAAAUUUAUCUCAUGGACUUGAGAACUUUUUAACACCUAUACAAGAAGAAUUUGAGUCUCAACUAUUCACAAUACAUAAAGCAGAAGAAAAUGCUGGCGAUGCAAGAAACACGAUGAACACUACUAUCAAAGAAAGCUUCGUCCAUAUUGGAACCUCAAUGACACCUAUAGAACUUGUUGACAAACACACACUGGUAUCUCCGAUGCAAACAUCAAACGUGUCUGUCACCACCUCACCUCUCGUUGCGGCGCUACAACCAGAAAUCAUUGCAAGCUUGCCACUAAACAGUCUCAGAGCUGAACUGGAAUCGGCUGCAAUCAGCAAUGAACUCCUGCGAAGCGAAUGUGAUGAACUCAAUGGCAAGGUUGAAAGCUUGCAGUCGUCUUUGGCCGAGGCGAGAUCGGAAGCGGAUCAGAAGUGUUGUGCAAUGCAGUAUGAAAUGGAUAAUCUUCAAAGUAAACUCGAUGAAGCGUUAGAGAUUAAUUAUCAGAUGGAAAUGAAAAAGGUAAACUUAAGCGCAGUUGUGUUUCACCAAUAAGGAAUCACUAUGGUGUGCCUAGACUUGCUACAAGCCUCCCUCAAAUACACCCUUCUUCUUCACAUUAUAUGUAGUAGUUUUGUAUUUGGUGACAAAUAUUCAUUUCCUUGCUAGCCUUUCAAUGUGGAGGAGUACGAUGAAACUAUCAGAAGAUUGCAAAAAGACAUUUUGCUAAAAGAAAAACAGAUCACGUUUUAUACCAAGGUGCGGUGCUGGGUAAUUUUAUAAAAUAUACAGUAUGUUCCUUUUGCAGACUGGUUUACACUAUCAAAAUUUCUGUGAUCACCGUAGGAAUUUUGUAUAGGUAAAUUCCAGUGCAUAUUGUAAACGUUAUACUUUGGGGGGGGGGGAGGGGCUAGACCGGUCAGUGUGGGCUCCCCAGAGUAAGAUUUAGAACAGUGCUGGAAAAUGUACGGCAACGCUAUAGCAGCACCGCUGUCAGGAAAUUUUUAACAAAAUAUCUUCGCAGGAAAUUUUCUUGCACCUUGCAGGAAAUUUUUGUCGUCUUAUAUACAGGAAUGCCAUAUAAUUUACUUAUUGUUUGAAAAUAUUCCAAAUUAAGCAUUUUGCAAGUCGAGAUGGUCCAACACCGUUUUCUGAAAUUUAUAUAUGCAGGACGUUUUAUGGUUGACUUAGACAGGAAAUUUUUGAAUUUUGCUACCAGGAAGAUAAAUAUAUGUUUUCUAGGCCUGGAUUUAGGUACCCUGCAUCAGGGUGUUUCCUGUUUCGCUGAAGCUGUAUAGCGUGCAGUCAGGCGGUGCUGGCCAGCAUGGAAACCCUGACACCAGAAAACCUCUGAACCCAGGGUAGGAUUUAGGUAAAGGGUAAAGUUGGGGCCCAGUCUCAGCCAGACUAUAAUUUAAAACUUCGGCUCGAGAUUUCCAUCUACAAAACCAUUCAACUUUUAUGUAUAAUUGCUUUGUAUUUGGUGGCAAUAAAUGAGAGAUGAUGUAGUUUAAUUUCCGUUUAGUUUCUUCUAUAAAUGUCAACCAUAAUAGUAUUACUGUAGCUUUGAAAUAAUUUUAAGUAGUCUGUUACAGACGAGACAGUUGAAUAAUCUUUGAAAUAAUCUUUAGUUAGCUCUAUUACAGACGAGAGUGAAAAUUACUAAAACCUUUGUAAACAUUUUGUUGAACAGAAAGCAUCCGAGGCAGACAAUUUGCAACAAGACUUGCGAAGAAUGUAUGCCAAGUACAACACAGAGGUAUUUUACAUACAUUUCGUUCAUUGCUUAUAUUGUCCUUUUUGCCUGAAUUUAAUGAAGAUCGUUAUUUCCAUUGCUAGUCGAAUAGGUUAGUGACCUUUCACCUCUCUGCCGGCGUAUGCCAUUCUUUACGUGAUUAUAAUUUCGCCUCAGUAAGGAAUUGGCCCAUAUACUACAUGGAUCUCUUGGGAAAGCAGUUUAGAAGUGCAUGAUAGAGCUAUCCAGCAUAAAUAAAGUUAGUUUAUAGGUUUCCUCCUGUAGUAACAAUGGAUCAGAUAUGACCCUUACUAGACCUCUAGGAAGAACAGUUUAGAACUGAUAGAGCUAUCCAGUAUAAAUAAAGUUAGUUUAGUUUAGGUUUCCUCCUGUAGUAACACUGGAUCGAUAGGCGAUGACUCCUACUAGACCUCUAUAGAAAGAACCGUUUAGAACUGAUAGAACUAUCCAGUAUAAAUAAAGUUAGUUUAGUUUAGGUUUCCUCCUGUAGUAACACUGGAUCAAUAGGAGAUGACUUUUACUAGACAUUUAUAGAACGAACAGUUUAGAACUGAUAGAGCUAUCCAGUUUAAAUAAAGUUAGUUUAAUUUAGGUUUUCUCCUGUAGUAGCACUGGAUCAAUAAGAGACGACUCUUACUAGACCUCUAUAACAAAGAACAGUUUAGAACUGAUAGAGCUAUCCAGUAUAAAUAAAGUUAGUUUAGUUUAGGUUUCCUCCUGUAGCAACACACUGGUAUGAAUAAGAGAUUAUCCUAACUGAACCUUUAACGAGAAAAGUUUAGAAUUGACACUGCUAUGAGCUAUCCAAAGUAAAUAAAAAGUACGUUUAUUUUUUCAGCACCAGUUAUACACAACAAUGGAGCAGGAAGCCAAGGGACUUAGUGAAAAGUUUAACGCUAAAUGUGUUGCGUACGAGACAUUAGAAAGAGAACUGUGUGGUGUAAAAGAGACAUUAAAGGAAGCUCUGCAUACCGUUGACGCCCAGGAGAAAGUGAGGGGGGAAGCAAAAGAUAAUCAAGUGAAAUGUUGUGUACUGGAAGAACAGAUCGAGGUUGGUAUUAGAUUUAUGAAUUUCUUAGAGGUGCUGCCAUCGGUUCAUUUUUUAUAAUCGAUUAAUCGUUGUUAACAAUUGGUUAAUAUCGAUUAAUCGCAUUGAUUAAUUUAAAUUUGACAUGUGCCUCUCCUGUUGUCACCCAACAAUCCAGUCCGUAUUUCGUUUGGAAUUGUUGUUUACUCAAGGUUAUAGAUUGCGCACUUUCUCGCACAAGCAAAGUUCACACAAACAGGCCGGGAUACCGGAUUUUUCGAAUACAUCGUUCGGGAAAGCCGACGUCACUUUGGCUGUUGAAUACAAUGAUCGAACAGUCAGGGGGCAAAUGUAA